CAAAAAUUCAAUUUGUCUUGGGAAUUGUGGUUUUCUUUCGCAUUCUUCCUUACGUUCGUUUGAAAAACUAAUCUUUUUCAAUUCAUGGGUGUUCCUUGUUUACAAGCUAAGACCGGAUUUCAAAUUGUAAUGGUUUCAAAUGGUAUAACGUACCCAUACAAUGUAAUGUAAAUUGUAUCCGUAAAUAUUAGGUUAUGUUGUAUCCUCUAUCCUUUGGCCGUCAAGUGUGAGCCAAUAUGGAUCCCAACAUAUAUGCAUUGGUGCUAGAUACACUCAAUAGGGCUACCAGUCAAGAUGCUGAGGUACUGAAACCAGCUGAAAAGAAGCUUCAAGAAUGGGAGAUAGAACCUGGUUACUACUCAGUCUUACUGAAUGUUCUAUCGAAUCAUUCCAUCGACGUGAAUGUGCGAUGGCUGGCUGUGAUGUGCUUCAAGAACGGCGUUGACAGGUACUGGCGUAGGAACGCACCCAACGCAAUCACGGAAGAAGAGAAGCAGAAGCUAAGGCAGGGGUUGCUAACAACGCCAGUUUUGAGCGAGCCGGUGGCGCAGAUAGCCACACAGCAAGCUGUGUUAAUUGCUAAGAUUGCAAGGUUCGAUUGCCCAACAAGCUGGCCCAGUCUACUCCCAGAUCUGAUAGGCGCGAUGAAAGCGCCUCAACCGUUGAUGCAGCACAGAUCCUUACUAAUAUUCCAUCACGUCGUGAAGGCACUAGCUUCGAAACGAUUACUCGCCGAUCGUCGAACAUUCCAAGAAUUAACAAACUCAAUAUACGCAUUCGUACUAAAUCUCUGGCACGAGAACACGGAACUUUUCCUACGUCACAUACAAGAGGGUGCGGCUACGGAAAUGAUCACGGAACAUUUGGAAAAGGCCCUGUUAUGUCUAAGGAUUUUGAGAAAACUCACGGUAUUUGGUUUUAAGAAGCCCCACGAAUGUCAAGAUGCGGUUGCUUUCCUUAAUGUUGUGUUCGACAGAGCUAAGACCAGUUUGGAGUGCAGAAAACUUCUCAAAGGCCGCGGAAUAUACCCCCUGGAGUUAUGUGAGAAAUUCAUAAUACAUCUCACAAAAGUUGCUUUAGGAGUGCUAAGUUUGCACCCAUACUCGUAUGUGCCUCUUAUCCGGCCAUCUCUGGAGUUCACACUAUACUACUGCUUCACUGAGCAAGGGAUGGUUCUUACGUAUGAGAGGUUCACGAUACAGUGCCUGAAUAUUGUGAAGGGGAUAAUGCAAUGCGCUGAAUUUAAGUUACCGAAGGGCACAGAGCAGGUUAAGGAGCCUUUGAUACUCCAAGGGCAUCAAAUGAAGACAGAAGUGCUCGAUCAAAACACUGUUUGUCACAUGUGCAGGCAUUUAGUGACGCACUACUUCCUUUUAAGCUCCGACGACUUAGCGCUGUGGGAUGCUGAACCGGAAAGUUUUGCUACCGACGAGGCUGGGGAAUCAUGGAAAUAUAGCUUGAGGCCCUGUACAGAAGCAGUGUUCAUGGAACUAUUUCACGAAUUCCGCUCGGUCUUGGCCCCUGAACUGGUUCGUCUGUUGGCCUCGCUGCAGGAGAGCCAAGUGUCACCGGACGACUUGCCCGCCAUUUUGAAAAAGGAUGCCAUUUAUAACGCCGUCGGACUUGCCGCAUUUGACUUGUAUGAUGAUGUUGACUUCGACGAGUGGUUCACUAAAGUAUUGAGCCAAGAGAUUAAAGUUAAGGAUAACAACUACAGAAUUAUAAGAAGAAGAGUUUGCCAGCUUAUUGGUCAAUGGUGUUGUGUAAGAGCAUCUCAAUCCAUUCGACCGGCAAUGUACUCUUGCCUGCUGGAACCACUCACGCGAUCGGGAGAAGACCCCGCAGUGAAGUUAGCCGCGGCUGAAGCGCUGCGAAGUACAAUGGACGACUUCAGUUUCGACGUCGAACAGUUCGAACCAUUCGUGCCCCAUGCACUCUCUGCACUUUAUGAUCUCCUGGUCGAGUGCUCCGAAUGCGAAACUAAGAUGCACGUCCUACACGUGGUGUCGUACGUGACGGAUCGCUGCAAGUGGGUUGUGGCGCGCGGGGGAGGCGAGGGCGCGAGCGCGCUGUUCGCCGCAUUGCCCGCGCUGGCGUUACACGCUGCCCACCAUCACAUGCUGCGAGCGGCCGCGCUCGCUGCGCUAGUGCAUCUCGUUAAGGCCCUCGGUGAAUGCGCGCCAAAUGUUCGACCAUGGGUCCUAAACGUAAUAAACGAGUCAACAAAACUCAGCGAACCAGCUCACGUGUAUUUAUUGGAAGACGCUUUAGAACUCUGGUUGGCUAUCAUCGAGACUUCGCCCACAGGCGAUCCUGCCUUGAUUCAGUUGGCACACAAUCUCUAUCCCAUACUGGAGCCAUCGACUGAACAUCUCAGAGUGGUAGUAUAUAUUAUGCAGGCAUAUGCACUCCUAUGCCCUGAGGAGUUCUUCAGUGGUGCGGGCGCUAAAUGUAUGACAGUACUUGACGAUAUGCUCAGCGAUCUGCGGACGGACGGUGUCAUUACAGUUCUGAAGAUGGCUGAAAUAUGUAUAAGUGUGAACUACCCUGAGAGGAACACUUUCUUGGGGGUCAAGGUCAUUUGGCCAACUUUGAUUAGGGUAAUACAUUGUCUUCUAAAAGGAGACGAUUUACCGAUGGUUCUAUCGGUACGACUGUGCCUAUUGUCCCGGGUCAUUCUACUAUCGUCUGACCUCUUUUACAAAGCUGUACAAGAGGCUUCGGUGGGCCUCGCGGAGUACGACUCAGAUCCUGCCAAAGUUUUGAGUCGGCUCUUACAUGUGUGGACGGAGAAAAUGAAUCUUGUUACUCAAGUCGAGAGGUGGAAAGUCAUUGGUUUGGGCCUAGCGGCGUUGCUAACAACACAAAAUCAAACAGUACUGGAACGUUUUCCAGCAAUAUUGCUUAAUUUGUCGGAAGUUCUCAACGACCUCAUGAAAAUGGAGGAUUCCGGGAAUUAUAUUGAUUCUGUUGAUAGUGCCCUAGUAUCUCCGCCGGGGUCGCGACCCGCUUCUCCAUUAGAAGGGCGCGGGGGUGCGGCGAGGUGGGGCGGCGGGGUUGAAAGCGGUGCGGGGGAGGAGGGGGCGAUAACCGCCCACGAGCUUCGUCGCAGACAGUUUGCAGCCGCUCAUCCGGCCAGGACCCUUGAUCUGCGAGCCGUAACUCACCAUCAGCUAGAAACACUGAAAGGCCAAGUGGGACCCGAAACAUUCGAUCGAUUACUGCAAUCAACGGACAAGGACACCUUACAACAGAUCAGAGAGUAUAUACCUCUAUGAAUAAAUAUAUAAUUAUUAAUAUUGUUUGAAAAUAAUAAAAGUCUUUAGUAAUA